CUGUAAUGUACUCUUGUGAGACAUACCAAAGGAAUGCAACGCCACUUUAUACCCAUCUCUCUUAAACUUCUCUUAAACCGUUGUUCUUUAUAUUCAUUCAACCACUCCUGCACUUUUAGUUAUAUACCUGAUUCGGCAGAGAUUGUUUAUGACGGACUUGUAAAGAUUUGUGAUAGCUUGAAGUUUGUCAAACAGAUACACUCAUCUCUCACCAUUACCGGUCUAGUUACCAAGAGUUCUCACUUGGCUGCACAGAUUAUUAUCAAGUAUGGCAAAUUUGGAGACCUGAAUAGCUCUAGAUUAUUGUUCGAUGAUAUUAACAUCAAUGGUGAUAUUAAGCCUAGCUCUUUCCUGUGGAAUACAAUUAUCAGAGCCUGUGCAAAUGCUGGCCUCUGUUUUGAAACAUUGGAGUUGUACAUGCUUUUGCGCGGAGCCGGCAUUUCAUCAAACAACUACACUUUCCCUUUUGUAUUUAAGGCCUGUGCGUCGGGUGCAUUGCUUCUUCAAGGGAAAGUAGCUCAUGGGGAGGCUGUUAAAAUUGGGUUUGAUUCGGAUUUAUAUGUUGAGGCUGCUUUAGUGGAUAUGUAUGCAAAAUGCGGUUCAUUUUGGGAUGGUCGCAAGAUAUUCGAUGAAAUGCCUGUGAAGGAUUUAGUUUGCUGGACAGCAAUGAUUACAGCUUAUGAGCAGGCUGAGAAGCCUGAGGAGGCUCUCCUUUUGUUUCAAACGAUGCAACAAGUGGGUCUCUUGGCGGAUGAAAUUACUAUUGUAAGUGUUGCCUCUGCUAUUGGUCAAUUAGGGGAUUCCAGGAAAGCUCAAUCAGUGCAUGCCUAUGCAGUUCGUCACUGGUUUCUUCAGCAAAUAUGUGUUGCUAACUCUAUUUUAGCUAUGUUCACAAAAUGUGGGAAUAUGGAUAAGGCUGGAUUGGUUUUUGAUACAAUGGAUGAGAGAAAUGUUAUCUCAUGGAAUUCUAUGCUCUCGGGCUAUACUCAAAAUGGACAGGCUACUGAAGCUUUGCUUCUUUUUGAUGAGAUGCGUGAUUCCGGGUGUGAACCUAAUGCAGUGACAGCAUUGAUCAUGGUUUCAGUGUGUGCUUAUUUGGGCUCUCGUCAUCUUGGAAAGAAAUUUCAUGAUUUUAUAAUUGCUCAUAAAAUGAAAGUCGAUGCGAAUCUUCAGAAUGCUCUGAUGGACAUGUAUGCCAAGUGUGGAGAUCUAGACACUGCUAUAAAACUGUUCAAUGAUAUUCUCCCCAGUGAGAGGAAUGCUUGUCCUUGGAAUAUUCUAAUUUCAGGGUAUGGAAUGCACGGGCAUGGGGAAGAAGCGCUGAGACUCUUCUCAAGAAUGCAAGAUGAAGGUGUUGAACCGAACCAUAUCACUUUUACGUCCGUUCUUUCUGCUUGUAGUCAUGCAGGCCUCAUAGAUGAAGGGAGAAAGUGUUUCACAGAGAUGACAAAGCUAUCCGUGACUCUAGAGCUUAAGCACUAUGCUUGCAUGGUUGACAUGCUCGGAAGAGCUGGGCUUUUGCCAGAAGCAUUUGAUCUGAUUAAAGAGAUGCCGAUGCUUCCAGAUGAUUCUGUAUGGGGAGCUCUGCUUUUAGCUUGUAAAAUCCAUGGGAACAUGGAAUUAGGAAAACUUGCAGCAGACAAUCUGUUUCAGCUCGAGCCAGACCAUACAGGAUAUUAUGUGUUAAUGUCAAAUAUAUAUGCUGCAUCAAACAAGUGGCAAGAAGUUGGGAAGUUGAGACAGGAUAUAAUCAACAAAGGAUUGAAGAAACCCGCCGCGUUUAGUAUGAUUGAAUAUGGAAAUGAAGUUCAUGGAUUCCACACAGCUGAUCGUGAAAACCCGUAUUGGCUAGAGGUUUAUCAAAAAGCGGAAAGCUUGGCGAUAGAGAUGCAGAUUGCUGGGCAUAUACCGGAUUUAUCAUGUGCUUUGCAUGAUGUGGAAGAGGAAGAUAAGGAAUACAUGCUAAAUUAUCACAGUGAGAAGCUAGCUUUGGCUUUUGGUAUUCUAAAACUCGAUUCAAAAAUGGAUAUCCAAAUAACAAAGAAUCUUCGUGUGUGCAAUGACUGUCACUCGGCAUUCAAGUUUAUUUCGCAAAUUUAUGGAAGGAAGAUAAUCGUAAGAGAUACAAAUCGGUUUCAUCACUUCAACAGGGGCGUUUGCUCCUGCAACGAUUACUGGUAAAACACUAAUAAAGCAAUGAAUGGAGUAAAAUAAUUAAAGAGUUACAAUUUGCUGAA